UGGUCCUGGUCCUGGUCCUGGUCCUGGUCCUGGUCCUGGUCCUGGUCCCGGUCGGUCACAGUCCGGGUCGAGGCUGCGGAGAGACGCGGGAAGCCGCCGCCAUGGGUCCGCCUCGGUCAAAGAAGCGCCGGCCGACGUUCCGCCGCCUGUUGAAGACGAGCGGCGUGAAGCUGGAGAACAAACUGAAGAACCGUCAGCUGAAGCAGCAGAACGUCGCCAAGAAGCAGCGUAAAGAACAGAAGAAGCUGAGACAGGCGGUUAAGGACGCCGCCAUCAGGACGCCUCGCCCAUUGGAGACGUACAGGAAGAGACCAGAGGAAGAGGAGGAUGACGAGGAGUUCCUGGAGUCUCUGCCUACGGACAUGAUGGAGGACGACCACCUGCAGCAGAUGGCCGCCAUGGCUCGCCAGGCGUCCUUCAUCACCAGAGACCUGUCAUCAUGCGUGCCGGUGCACAGCGGGAAGAAGAGGAGCGCCGAGGUUGUCCGCGGUUACGAAAAGGUUCCGAGGAAGAUGGUGAGGACGGAGGCAAAGGAGGUCAUCCACCUGCUGCCAAUCAAAGACAAGACGGGGGUCAUCCCCCAGAGUGUCGAGAGAGUGGUCAAAAAGCAGGAGGAGGAGGAGGAAGAGGAAGAGGAAGCUGCUGACGAACCAGAGGAGCCAGAAAAUGAGGGGGCGCUGGAGCGUGAUGUAGACCUGACAGCAGAUCAGAGGGAGCAGCUCAGAGCUCAGAAGAUAAACCAGAAGAAGCUGCUGAUUGCUGCUCUGGGAUCUGCCGUCAUCUCGGACCCCUACAGCAACGUCAAGCGGCUGAAGGAGCUGCGAGGGAUGCUGAUGGAGUCUGACCCCAGCGUGGCGGUGACGGUCAGGAAGCUGGUGAUGGUUUCUCUGAUGGAGAUCUUCAAAGACAUAGCGCCGACGUACAGGAUCCGCCCCCUGACAGCCGCCGAGAGGUCCGUCAAGGUGAAGAAAGAGACUCUGCGGCUCCGAGAGUUCGAGGAGGGUUUGGUCAGUCAGUACAAGUUCUACCUGGAGGAUCUGGAGCAGACCAUCAAAGACUGGAAGCAGCAGAAGAAGAAGCGGCGUCAGGCCGUCGGGUUCCAGUCGUACCUCGGCCUCGCUCAGGUUUCUGUUCGCUGUCUGUGUGAGCUGCUGCUCGCACUGCCGCACUUCAACUUCCACAACAACAUCGUGGUCGUCCUUGUCCCGCUGAUGAACGAGCCCGCCAAGGAGGUGUCAGACAUGUGCUGUGAUGCGUUCAGGAAGCUCUUCCAGCAGGACAAACUGGGCGGGGCCUCGUUGGCCACAGUGAGAGUCGUCUCCGGUCUUGUAAAGAGCCUCAACUACAACGUCAGGCCUGAGGUGCUGAGGAGUCUGCUGGCUUUGAGGAUCCAGGAGGUCCAGGUGAAGAAAGACGUGGACGACACAGCACCACAGAAGAAGUUCAUGAACAACAAAGAGAAGAGGAAGAAUCUGUCGAGGAUGCAGAGGAAGUGGAAGAAGGCGGAGGAGAAGCUGGAGAAAGAGCUGCUGGAGGCCGAAGCUUCAGAGAGCAAAGAGAGGAAGAUCAAACUGCACACAGAGACUCUGAACAUCGUCUUCCUCAUCUACUUCAGGAUCCUGAAAAAAGCUCAGAGAUCUGUUCUGGUUCCUGCUGUUCUGGAAGGACUGGCCAAUUUCGCUCACCUGAUCAAUAUGGAGUUCUUUGAUGACCUGCUCAACGUGCUGCAGAACCUCGUCCAAUCAGGAGAUCGGACCAAUAAGGAGAAUCUCCACUGCAUCCAGACAGUCUUCACCAUCCUGUCGGGACAAGGUGACGUACUGAACAUCGACCCGCUCACUUUCUACUCGCAGCUCUACAAGAUGCUCUUGCGCCUUCACGCAGGGGCGCCUAAUGAUGACAUCAUCAUCCUGCUGCGGUGCCUGGAUACCAUGCUGAGCCGCCGCAGGAGGCAGGUGACCCUGCAGAGGGCAAUGGCCUUCAUCAAGAGACUGAGCACGCUCAGUCUGCACGUACUGCCCAACGCCAGCGUGGGGAUCCUCCACGCCAACAGAGCCACCAUGCACUCAUUCCCUAAGUGUGACUUCCUGCUGGAUAACGAGGUUCAGGGCAGCGGCUUCUACCUGCCAGAGCUCGAUGAACCUGAACACUGCAACGCACAAAACACAUCACUGUGGGAGCUACACACACUGCAGAGACACUACCACCCGGUGGUGAGACAGUUGGCCGUCCACCUGUCUCACGGCGCUCCCAGUGACGGUUCUGCAGCUCUGGGGGCGGGCCUGAGCCGCAGGUCUCCGGUCCAGCUGUUCGGUGACUACAGUGUCAGAGACAUGACCUUUAACCCCCCUGUAGCUCCGCCCCGCACCAAGAAGAAGGAUCGAUUCACCGUCGGAGCAACGUUGCUGGACGCCUCCCUGCAGAGACGAGCGGAGAACGCCCUGAACGUCCCCGAGGACACACAGCUGGACUUCACUCACACACACACACACACAAACACACACUGACACACACACACACACACACACACACACACACACACACACACACACACACACACACACACACACACACACACACACACACACACACACACUGACACAGGGCUGGACGCCGCGCUGCGGAGACGAGUGGAGAGCGUCCUGGACGGACGGACGGACACACACACACACACACACACACACACACACACACACACACACACACACACACACACACACACACACACACACACACACACACACACACACACACACACACACACACACACAAUCAAAUCUUUUCUAUUCUGGACAGAAUCUUACUUUGUUCACUCAUCAGACAGUAGUGUUAGUUAUGAAUGGGGGUUAGGGGCGGGGCUUACUCCUGUGUUUGAUGAAUGUGAAUAAAACAAGUGAACACA